CUAAAAUAAAUGAAUAAAUCUUAAAAAAAAAAAAAAAAAAGAAUGGCUGCUUCCUCAAAAACAAACAAAAAUGGUAUAUUCACAAAACUCAGACAUACUUUGGGGUUAUAGUCACUGUAACUGUGGAUUUAUUAUGGUUCCUUACAGCCCUGAGGACCAGGCUUAGAGUAGCAAAAAAAAUUACAACUGAUAUCAGUCUCAAAAAUUGCAAAAACAAGUCUCUUCCACUAACAACAUGCAGUUUCUGAGAAUUCAGGGCAAACAUCAGCCAUCCACCAGAAAACACUCAGGAAAUUACUGUUGAAAUGACUAGUCACUGAGCUUGCCUUGUGGUUUUAGUUUCUGUAGUCAGGUUUUGGAGACUCUUACUUUUGGUUUGUAUUUCAUAUUCUAAUCAUCUGUCCAUGAUGCGUCUGGGGGAGGGGGCGCUGGUAAGAAAUCCCCAGGACUAGGAAAGAAGUAGAUCAGAAACCAACACACCUAAAGUGAGGGACAAAGAACCCUUAGCACAUUCUCAGGGAAGCAGCUUUCUUACCAGCUCUAAAGGAUCCCUGCUGCUGACUUUACAGUUAAGACCAGGGAACACUCUGAACAUGGCCUCAGACAGCCACAUGCUGGCCCCAGUGUGCCUCAUUGAGAACACUGGAGGGCAACUGGUGGCUAAUCAGGAAGCUCUGGAGAUCCUGUCAGCCAAUAAGAAUCCUCUUGUGGUGGUGGCUAUUGUGGGCCUCUACCGCACCGGCAAAUCCUACCUGAUGAACAAGCUGGCUGGAAAGAACAAGGGCUUCUCUAUCGGAUCCACGGUGCAGUCUCACACCAAGGGUAUCUGGAUGUGGUGUGUGCCUCAUCCCAAGAAGCCGAACUACACCCUAGUUCUUCUUGACACAGAGGGUCUAGGAGAUGUAGAAAAGGGUGACAAGAAAAAUGAUACCCAGAUCUUUGCACUGGUAAUACUACUGAGCAGUAUCUUUGUAUACAACACUAUGAACAAAAUUGACCAGAGGGCUAUUGACCUAUUGCACUAUGUGACAGAACUGUCAAAUCUGCUCAGGAAAGUAUCCACACCUGAUCUUGAAGGGGUUGAAGAUGCAACUAACCUUGAGAGCUUCUGUCCAGACUUCGUGUGGACUCUGAGAGAUUUCUACCUAACCCUGGAAGUAGAUGGGCAACUCAUCACAGCAGAUGAAUACCUGGAGAAUUCCCUGAGGCUAAAGCAAGGCACUGAUCAAAAUGUUCAAAAUUUCAAUUUGCCCCGUCUAUGUAUAAAAGAAUUCUUUCCAGUAAGGAAAUGUUUUACCUUUGACUCUCCCACUCACCGGAAGAAGCUUGCUCAGCUGGAGACACUGCCUAAUGAUGAGCUAGAGCUGGAAUUUUUGGAACAAGUGGCAGCAUUCUGUUCCUACAUCUUCAACCAUUCCAAGACUAAAACUCUUCCAGGAGGUAUCAAGGUCAAUGGACCCCAACUAAAGAGCCUGGUGCUGACCUACAUUAAUGCCAUCAGCCGUGGGGAUCUGCCCUGCAUGGAGAACUCAGUCUUGGCCUUGGCCCAGAUCAAGAACUCAGAAGCAGUAAAAAAGGCCAUUGCCCACUAUGACCAGCAGAUGGGCCACAAAGUGCAGCUCCCCACGGAAACUCUCCAGGAGCUGCUGGACCUGCACAGGGAAAGUGAAAGAGAGGCCAUAGAAGUCUUCAUGAAGAACUCAUUCAAGGAUAUGGACCAAAAGUUUCAGAAGGAAUUAGAGACUCGGCUAGAAGCAAAAAAGAGUGACUUACAUGAACAGAACAUGGAGGCAUCAUCACACCAUUGCUCAGCUUUACUUCGGGCUAUUUUUGAUCCUCUAGAAAAUGAAGUGAUGCAGGGGAUUUAUUCAAAACCAGGAGGACAUCGUCUCUUCAUUCAGAAGACAGAGUUGCUGAAAGCAAGAUACUAUUGGGAGCCCAGGAAAGGAAUGCAGGCUGAGAAAGUUCUGCAGGAGUAUUUACAGUCCAGACAAUCUACCAGCGAUGCUAUCCUACAGAUAGACCUGGCUCUCACACAGAGGCAAAAGGAGAUAGAAGAGGCACGUAUGAAAGCAGUGGCUGCGAAGUUUGAAGCACAAAGGCUGGAGGCAAUUCAGAGGUAUAACCAGCAAAUGAUGGUGCAAAGGGAGUGGCUCCAUCAGCAACGAAUGAGACAGAUAGAAAUGAUCAAAGAGUACCAGUUGCAACAACAGCAGAGGGCCCUAGAACGUCGAUUCCAGGAAAAGGCUGAAAAUCUCAAUAAGGAAAUCGAAGCUGAACACAGAAGCCUUCAAAAUGACGUCGAGAAUCUCCAGAGGAAUGCUGCUUCACAGGAUGAUACAUGCAUCUUACUCUAAAGAGUUAAACAUCAGAACUAACUCUUCUUGUUCUCUUUCACUAAAGACACAAAAGGAUGAGAAACUGUAGAACCUGAGACAAUCACCACUUAAAGAAACUUCAUAAUUAUUGUAUCAAACUUCUGUAUAGUUAUAAAGAUAUAAGGCUUGUAAUUAGUAAAAUGUACAUUUCAAUAAUUCCAUAGUUUACAUGAUGAUCACUUCCUUUAAGAGACUGUGAAUUGUAUAAUAAGGGAAUUUUAUCACUAUCUCUAUUUGGGGUGAUACUAGGUUGGUUCCAUCAGGGGAAAUUGUCUUAUAACCCAAUUCCAUCCCUCCAAUUUUCCAUUUUUGGUUUGAGGGGAUUGGAAGUGGCCUGAGGGGUGUUAUCCACAAUGGACUAAGUCAAGUACAAUUAGGCCAAAGUCAUGGGCUUGGAUGGGCAUUGCUCCUACCAAGUGGUCUUGUGCUGGGUGCCAUCAGAGGGAGGCACCAAUAGUAAGGACUACUAAUCUAACUUCUUAGUGGAAACAAUGUAUGGUUCUCAUGUGGAUGGACAUUGCUCAAUCUAUGGGCAAUGAUGUGACUUCUGGGUACAGUCAGUAAGCAGUCUGCUUAAAUUCUAAGGUGUAAACAAAACAAAAACAACAAGAAAAAAAAAAGCAUGGUAAUGAAAUAGGGAUACUCCGUAAGAUGGAAAGAACUACCAGCAUAGACAUUGUGUCAUAGGCUGAGGCCUAAAUAAGACUUUUCCUUGUUCAUCCUCACAAAGGGCAUAACUUAAACAGAAUAUUUUAUAUCAUGAAGCAAUUUAUAUUGGACUUAAUACUGUGUGUCACAUGUUUAUAAUCCUUCAGAGCCUGUAAAUAAAUGGUAUAAGGAAUGCUGGAUAAGGUGCCAAAAAGUCUGACGGGGAUCAUUUCAUUUUACACUUGUCUUAGUGCUUAAGUUAAAUGAUCUUAAUUCUUUGCAAUCAUAUAUAAAAGCCUACUGAUUUUUUUCUAAAAUUAUAGAUUGUUUAAAUAUAUUUGUAUAUAACUUAACUAUAAAUAACAAUUAAAUUUUUCAAAAACAUAACUCUACUACUUAGUUUUUAUCUUCUCCAAAAUUGGAAAAAUUUGGAAGGUCAUAAAUACUGAAGACACAUAACUGUACCCUGAGGCUAUACACUUGCACAAUUGCUCUCUCCCUACAUGUGUGUAACAUGUCCUCUGCAUAGCACGGCAUUCUCACAUGACCAGUUUCCAAGACAGUGUUUCAAGUAGCAAAACUAUAAGCUUAAGAUCUCUUAAGACCCAAUUUUGCACUCAACACUCCUUUUGUUGCAUUCCAUUGUAUCAGUAUAGUUCAUAGGGACAGCCCAGAUUCAAGGCAACGAGAAAUGGAAUCUACCUCUCUAUAUGAGGUGUGGCAAUACAUUUGCAGACAUUUUUUAAAAGAUCUAUUUAUUUGGGGCAGGGGAGGGAUGCCUGGUGGCAUCUGCCUUUGGCUCAGGUCAUGGUUCUGGGGUCCUGGGAUCGAGCCCCA